CGCGGUGGAGCUGCGGAUGCGUAAUUGGCGGCGACUCGCGGGCUGGCCCCGUCUACCUGGCCUGGGUUUUGCAGCGGUCCUGGAGGGGAGUUUGUUGGCCGUCGGUGCCCACUGUAGGUUUGAAAUGCUAGGAGUCGAGGUCGCCGCGCCAGAUGUUGGGGUGACAGCUCUGGAAUCCUCCAGCCAGCUGUUCCUUUUAAAUCCUGCCAAGAACUUAAGCUGCAGCAGACUGCUGGCGAGGAGCCUCCGGACUCCUAGGUCGGGUGGUCCUUGGGGUUUCGCUCCUUUUCGUGCCUUUUGUAUUUUUAAAUCGAGCUCUGGAUGCUGUUGGACACGUAGACCUUGCAGAACCACUGUGGCUUCUUACAAGAUUGUGCAGCAGCAGCCCAUCGCCGGUGGCAUGUCGCGGAGAGCACAAAACCCGGCGCGGGUGGGGGACUCCGCCAGCCAGCCUGUCCAGGGACAGCUUGCAGACGCUUGGAGUGAAGUGCAGGGAGGUGGGUGGGGUCGAGGGACAGUGCUGAUCUUCAGUCGCUGCAGUGGAAGAGAAGUGUGCAUGUUAAAGUGGGUCGUCGGCCUGCUUUUCGGGUGCUCCAGUUUACAGUGAUCUGCAGGCCCCUGCCCCAGCCCCUACCCCACAGUCAGACAGUCUUUGUCAGCCCCCGGGGCGUCCCACAUCCUGCCACCUGGCCUCUCAGGAAAGCAGUGGUAUUAAGUAAGGAAGGAGCUCAGCUCUUUUGAGACCUCUUUGUUUUCAGUUCUCCCUGCGUCUGAUCUUCUUUCCUUGGAAAGCUGGUCUCUGGUCAAGGGUCUCAGGGCAGCAUGUGGGGAGCACUAUUGUUCAUUCACCAGUCCUCUGGACCGUAGCCUGAGUGUCCCCAAUUAUUGAGCAGCCGGUCACUGCUCCAUUCUCAUUGUCUAAGGUGCUUCUUUGAUUUUUGCGAUUCUUUGUACAAUUUGCGAAGUUUCAGAGGGAUACCUUCCAAAAAUGUGAUGAGGCUUUUGUUGAUAAAAAGUCAGUGAGGUAAAAAAUGUAAAGGAAAUGUUAAGGGUGAUAGCAUAUGUCUGUACCUGUAAGGACGUUACAGUCACAGGUCAGGAACAUUUAUUCUUUAAUCUUAACGAGAACUGGGAAUUUGGAGGGUGGGUUUGGAUUCUUGUAAGGAGGUGGUUCUGCAAUCUGUGCGAGGCUAAACCUAUGAAGGAGAUGACCCUGGGCUAUCUGGUACUGACAUUUGCAUGUCUUGCCUAGGGAUUACAACUCUCACCAUUUGAGGUCUUGGCUGAAAGAUCUUUAAGUGAGAAGAGAAUAAUACAAGACUCAGAAAAACAAAAAGGCAACACCUCGCUUGUUUCAAAUCUUUUCACUUCCUGCCUCUUCCCGUCUGAGAGCAGCAAGCCCAGCAGCCGCAGGGGUGGUGUUGUGGGAAUAGCGAGGGGCAGGUGCUGGGAGAUCUGGCAUCUGGGCAAAGCCCUCUGCCCUGGAUGGCGUGGAACCUGAGCAGGACCUGUACUUCUUUUGCCUUGGUUGCAGAUGGGGAAUAAGGUCAUCUUGGAUUUUUAUACCCAGUGUCAAGCAUGGCCCUCAACCUUCAGUAGGUGGUCAGGUCGUGCUUUUUGAGUGAUGGACAUAUGAAUGGGUGAUAUUGCAAGAUGCUGGCCAUGCCACAAAGUGGAAAUGGGUGUAUUGUUUUUAUCCCCUCGUUGUGCUUGCGAUCCUGCUGUAAUUUUGCCCACUUCCACCUUCAGGGAAUGUCUGAUGGCAGAGGAAAAAUUACCAACUGACCCAGAGAAUUACUUCCCCCAAGCCUCACUGGCAAGCACAUUAGGAGUCCUGAUCCAAAACUAUCACGAGAAAGCAACCUUGGGGUCAUCUAGUCCAACUUCUCUACUUUGAGUGCAUUGCAAGAAUUUAAACCACUUCAUCAAUGGCUUUAAGAGAGCCUAGACCCACCUAGCAGUGGCUUCCCUAAAAAUCUAGGUUUCUUCUCACUCUUGCAUAGGUUUAAGGUCUUCCUCAACUAAAAGCUUGCCCUGGCGAAUAGUGUGAUACAGGAAUGAGAUUAACAAUCGCCAUGAAACUUCCUAGGGAAUAUCUUUGUGCUCUGAAGCCAUCUUUGUCUUCAUCUCGGAAACCAGGAUGUAUGGUGAGGCACCCUGCUAAGGCUUGUGAACGACAGCUGGCUUUCCACACAUCUCCACACUGCAAGGAUCCCGGUUGCGUCAAUUCACAACAUCCCAGGCUGUUGGCAUGGGUUGUAGAUGCUGUGUUUUGCCCCCUGCUUCCUUCAUUUGUCCUGAGUGUCCCCCUGGCCAUCUUUCCUUGCCUGCUUCCAGACUUUUAUUUCCUUCCACCAGUGGAUUAUGCUUGAAGAUCUCAGGGUGAAGACAGGGUGGGAAAUGCAUCUGAGUGUCAGUACCUGGAGGAUGAUAAUAAAUGUGGUUGGCAGUUGAGUUGGAAUAAUGGAACUCUGAUGCCUGCUCUUGGAAGCGUAAAAUUUAUUCUUCUGUUAUUGUUAUAAUUCUGUUUCUCAUUCUGAUGUUGUGAAGUUCAACGGAGAGGUUCCGAAAGACUUAUUGUUUGCUCUUAAAAUUGCAAAGCAUCUUACUGGAAAUAGGCUUUUUCAUUGGUUAUAACAUAUUCAGUUUUAACCUUUAUAAGUAUUAUAAUACAUUUUAUAAAGGAGCUCUGUAUAAAUAUUUCUCUUUGGGGCUAAAGAGGAGACUCUAAGCAGCAGCCUAGGUGACAACAUAAAAUCGCCAGAUUUUUCAUAAAACAUUUACUUUGCAGUAUAGGAAGUGAGGGAGGGCUUAGAAGAGAUAAAUCAAAGCUUUGCCUGAGAGCAAGGGUUGCUGAGCAGUGGUCUUAGGGGAGGAGCCUACAGACUUGUCAGGGCUGCCUUGUGGCCGUCACUGGCAUUCAGAGCUCCUAACACCCAGUGGCUGUGUCAGGGGGGCAUGAACACGAGAUGGAAGCUUGUUGGUUAUGAGAUGCAGUACCUGGUGCUGACAGAUAGGGUUGGCUCCCUGACAAACGUUACUGAAAACACGGGUUAUUCCCCUCCUCCUCAGUACCCACCCCCCCGCCUUCCUUCUCUUGUUUAGACUAAUCUUUAAAAGUGAUGUAACUUACAACAGUCCAGUGUGAGUUAAUCUUGGGGGCCAGCUCGUAUCCUGGGAGUGGAGGUGACUAAGAUCUUUUGCCUACAGAUUAGGGUGUUGCAGAGCACAAUGGCUGAACAACUCCUUCCCCAGGCUUUGUAUUUGAGCAACAUGCGGAAAGCUGUGAAGAUACGAGAGAGAACUCCAGAAGACAUAUUUAAGCCUACCAAUGGGAUCAUUCACCAUUUUAAAUCCAUGCACCGAUACACACUAGAAAUGUUCAGAACUUGCCAGUUUUGCCCACAAUUUCGGGAGAUCAUCCACAAAGCUCUCAUUGACAGAAACAUCCAGGCCUCCCUCGAAAGCCAGAAGAAGCUCAACUGGUGUCGAGAAGUCAGGAAGCUGGUGGCACUGAAAACGAAUGGUGAUGGAAACUGCCUCAUGCAUGCUGCUUCUCAGUAUAUGUGGGGUGUUCAGGACACAGACCUGGUCCUGAGGAAGGCACUCUUCAGCACUCUCAAGGAGACGGAUACACGCAACUUUAAAUUCCGCUGGCAGCUGGAGUCUCUUAAGUCUCAGGAAUUUGUGGAAACGGGGCUUUGCUAUGACACUCGGAAUUGGACCGAUGAAUGGGACAGCCUUGUCAAAAUGGCAUCCACAGACACACCCGUGGCCCGAGGUGGACUUCAGUAUAACUCACUGGAAGAAAUACACAUAUUUGUCCUUUGCAACAUCCUCAGAAGGCCAAUCAUUGUCAUUUCAGACAAAAUGCUGAGAAGUUUGGAAUCGGGUUCCAAUUUUGCUCCCUUGAAGGUGGGAGGGAUUUACCUGCCUCUCCACUGGCCAGCUCAGGAGUGCUACCGAUACCCCAUCAUUCUCGGCUACGACAGCCAGCACUUUGUACCCCUGGUGACCCUGAAGGACAGCGGACCUGAAAUCCGAGCUGUUCCACUAGUUAACAGAGAUCGAGGAAGAUUUGAAGACUUAAAAGUUCACUUUUUGACAGAUCCUGAAAACGAGAUGAAGGAAAAGCUCUUGAAAGAGUACUUGAUGGUGAUUGAAAUCCCUGUCCAAGGCUGGGACCAUGGCACUACCCAUUUGAUCAAUGCCGCAAAGCUAGAUGAAGCCAACUUACCCAAAGAAAUAAAUCUGGUAGAUGAUUACUUUGAACUUGUCCAGCACGAGUACAAGAAAUGGCAGGAGAACAAUGAGCAGGAGCGGAGAGAGAUGCAUGCUCAGAAUCCUUUGGAACCUUCCAUUCCACAGCUUUCUCUCAUGGACAUAAAAUGUGAAACCCCCAACUGUCCUUUCUUCAUGUCGGUGAACACGCAGCCGCUGUGCCACGAGUGCUCAGAGAGGCGGCAAAAGACCCAAAGCAAAUCCUCAAAGCUGCACUCCAAGCCAGGCCCUGAGGCACUCCCUGGCAUGGCCCUCGGGGCUUCCCGGGGCGAGGCCUAUGAGCCCAUGGGCUGGAGCCCCGAGGAGCCAGCUGGGGGGCCUCGUUCGGCCCCUCCGACGGCGCCCAGUCUCUUCCUCUUCAGCGAGACCACUGCUAUGAAGUGCAGGAGCCCCGGCUGCCCUUUCACGCUGAAUGUGCAGCACAACGGAUUUUGUGAGCGCUGCCACAACGCCCGGCAGCUGAACGCGGGCCACCCCUCGGACAGCACGAGGCACUUGGACCCCGGUAAGUGCCGAGCCUGCCUGCAGGACGUCACCAGGACGUUUAAUGGAAUCUGCAGUACUUGCUUCAAAAGGACUACGGCAGAGCCCCCCUCGGGCCUCAACUCCAGCAUCCCUCCUUCCUGUCACCAGAGGUCCAAGUCAGACCCCUCGCAGCUCAUCCAGAGUCUCUCCCCACAUUCUUGCCACAGAGCCGGGACCGAGGCUCCCUCCGGCUGCCUCUCUCAGGCCACGCGGACUCCAGGGGAUGGGACGGGGACGAGCAAGUGCAGAAAAGCCGGCUGCAUGUAUUUUGGGACUCCAGAAAACAAAGGCUUCUGCACGCUGUGUUUCAUCGAGUACAGAGAAAACAAACAUUUUGUCAGUGCCUCCGCGAAAGCCAGUCCCAUGGCCCCCAGGUUCCAGAACGCUGUCCCCUGCCUGGGCAGGGAAUGUGGCACCCUGGGGAGCACCGUGUUUGAAGGAUACUGUCAGAAGUGUUUCAUCGAAGCUCAGAGUCAGAGAUUUCACGAAGCAAAAAGGACCGAAGAGCAACUGGUGAGACAUCUUGAGAGGUCGAGCCAGCGCAGAGACGCGCCUCGAAGCACGGCGAGCGCCUCCAGGCCCAAGUGUGCCCGGGCCUCCUGCAAGAACAUCCUGGCCUGCCGCAGCGAGGAGCUCUGCAUGGAGUGCCAGCACCUCGGGCAGCGAGUGGGCGCGGGGGCCCACCGGGGCGAGCCAGCUCCCGAGGAGCCCCCCAAACAGCGCUGCCGGGCCCCCGCCUGCGAUCACUUCGGCAACACCAAGUGUAGCGGCUACUGCAACGAGUGCUUCCAGUUCAAGCAGCUGUACGGCUGACGGAUGCGGCGGGCCGCCUCGGCCCUAGGGGCCCUCGAGCCUUAGCCGGCAUGGUGCUAGUCCCGAAAUACUGCGAUGCCGCAGCGGGGAGCUGUGGGCGGCUUGCAGCCGUGAAGUGAAGAGGAGCUCGUGGUCGCCGCCAGCCUGCCCAGGUGGCCUUCGAGCGAGAGCGAGGCCAGUGACUGGCCGCGGAUGGCGUCCGGUCCGGCCGGGGGCUCCUCCUCCUCGCCUCCCACGGAAGGCCAGGAACUCCAUGGACUUGGAAUGUGUGCCGGGACUGCUUCAUCAUCUCGGGAGAAAAGGGAGAAGACCCGCUGGGUCAGGCGGGCUGGGAACCCCGGAGCCGUACCCCCGCCCAGCCCCACGCCGCCGGACUCCGAGCCGUGGAGCUGACCCGCCACUCCCGCAGGCUGUGGGCCGCAAGUUCAGGAAGCUCAGGGAGAACGGACGGACGGACAUAUUCAGAGUGUCAGGGGUGAAUGGUCUUUCCCUCCCCGCCUCGUCCCUUUCCCGUGGACACGGCAGCCACGGAGCCAUCCACAGACUGUGGUUCUGAGGCUGCUGAGACCGAAUCAGUUCACACUGAAAAGCAAACCAGCUGCUCUUUACAGUAUGCACCUUGGAAAAAAUCAGAAUAUUCUAGUAGGAAUAUGUGUGACCCUUUUGGGUAUCACUGUCUUCACUUCUAAAGAAGUUAGCCUGAACUGAGGUGUGCAUAAAAGUGUGUACAUAUAUAAUGUACCCUUAUAUUAUGUAUGAGGGAUUUUUUUUUUUUUAUGUUGAAAUGCUGCCCUAGAGAUUUAAGUAGGAAGACUGAAUAAUAACCUAUUUUCUGGUUGUUGUUGGGGCGCCAUCUGUAUACAGCUUGCAUGAGUUCAACCAGCUGCCUUGUUAAAGUGAGCUCCCUAUUGUGUCUAUGUAAUUCACUUUAUUUAUUUUAUUUCAAACUUCAAGGGUAUUUAAAUGAAGACUUCUGCUCUGGGUAAAGCGCUUGCUGUAGUGUCUUCUUGAAAUAAUAUAUUCAUAUUGAGUCCUCUUUCAGGCGAGUUCCUGAGUACCUUGGGGAUUUGGUCUCUUUGAUGUACUGUGGUUGUCUUCCCUAAGAAAGAAGGAAUUGCAUCAAAGGUAUAUUCGUUAAAACCUCAGGCUUCUUAAUGAAACUUGGGUCAGAGCCUCUUGCUAGCCAGAUGGGGAAAAAAAAAAAAAAACCCUCCACAGUAGACAGACGCCUCGAAUAUCCUACCUCCUUAGAGAUAAGAUUGGGAAGGAAUGGGGAUGAGAUUGGAGAAGGUCACCGGGACGAUGUGACCUUUAAUGACAGUUUUAUUUGCUGUGUUAACGCUGUGUCCUGGCAGUGACCUCACAACCAGUGGCAGCUUAGCGCUGGGACAGCAAAACCCUGUGACCAUGAGCAUAAGGAAAUUUCUCUCUGUCCUCGGCCUGCAGUUUCUUUGUUUGCUUUGUGUUGCUGUCAUACCUGUUUUAGAAAAAAAGGGGGAAACACAUUGUCCCCAGAGGUAAAGGCUGCCAUUUUUGGGGGGGGGGGUCUGGAACUUAUGACCUGAAAAUAUUAGCAAUCUAUAACUCUACACAGCCUUUACCUGUGUUACCUGACAUGUUUGUCACCUCGAGUGCCCUGAGUCUAUUUUCUGGACAUAAAUCUUAAUUUUUUUCUAAAGAUCUCAAGUAAAUUUCAGUGUUCAUCCAGUAAUUCUAAAGUCAACAUUUUAAUAUUUUGUGUGUACCAAUAUUUUCAUUCUUAAUGUGAAAAAAUGGAAUUAUUUAUACUUAUUAUAGAAAGCAUUUGAAAUUUGCACAUUUAGUUGUCCCUAAUAGAGAGCUGUUUACUCUGUUGGAUUCUCUCAAGUUUUCCUAAGUAUGUGUAACUUUUCACAAAAGUCAAUAUUAAAAAAUAAAUUAUUUAAGA